AUGUCCCGCGGAUCUUUCCAAUCGCUUCCCCUUGAGAUUCGUGAGUACGUACUCACCCUCGUAUCAGACUACCAUACGCUGCGAAGUGCGGUUUUGUCCUCAAAAUGUGUACAUAAUACAUUUUUACCGAGGAGGAGGACCAUCAUGCGAGAGGUCGGGCUCAACGAAAUUGGACCUGCUCUGCCGUGGGCCUUUGCGCUCGUGCGCAUGAAGUAUGCACUUGAAGAAGCACCCUUGCAGGUAGUCGUGGAGGGUUUGACCGAUACGAGCCCGGAUUCUGCGUAUUGGAACAUCGAUAUUGGCGGACGGGAGGCAAAAGCGUUGCCAAUUGUAUCAGCCGCAACAAGGAGGCUUGAAUCGUUUUUCUGUCUACUACGCAAAGACAGAACUGCUCCUACCAGUACACUCUCUGAAGUCGAGAGUCUGAGAUUUCAUCGUGCAAUCUACCGGACAUGGAUUAUAACCGUACUCCUCGGAGAUGACAUGCACCAACUUUCCGAUAUCGUCAUCAAGGGCAUUAAGGUUUUCACGGAUCUGUGUGAGAGGGAGCUCGCAGAAUUACAUGAAGUAAUGCUAUUUCUCGGUGCGAUGUUUUCCAAGAUUCCGAGAUCAGGAACAAAGCUUUUCGAAGACUUCCGUGAUGCCAAUCCGCCUCUUAAUGUAGUUCCUGAUGUUGCCCUAGCUUCUAUGACAGGUCGUUUCAGUCCUACGAGAAGCCUAUCCAGACUGCCCUUCUUUAAUGGUGUCAAUCGCUUCAAGCGCACGGCGAUUGAGCAAAGGAUCGGGAAACAGAUUGGAAAGAAAUAUUGGAGACGAUCCAUUUUAACUAGAUACCGGGUUGAAACUAUACAGAGAUGUCAGAAGUGCGGUAGGCGAAACGCGGGAUUAUUUGGAGAAAACAACUGGCAUCUACUCCACCGUUAUCUGGAGUUUGGCUUGCUUCUCAACUGUCUGCCAGGACGCAUUCCCGGCAAUAAAUAUCUUGCUGGAGAAAUCAGAAGGUUACUCUCUCGCCAAGACUCAUUAACAUUCCUGCUCUGCGAGCUGUUUGAUUCUCAAAACGACCCGGAGGGCCGGUGGAAAAAGUCUGAUUGGCUGUGUAUAAAUUGCAUCAGGAACUUUUGGAAGGAGAGUUUGCUCUCAUGGAUUGUGGACCAAUUGGUGGAAGGUGAGCCAUGA